GUGGGCGGGGCGGUGUUGCUGCACGGGAGUAGUGGAUUUGAUCCCGGCUGACAGAAUUAUGUUUUAACCGCUUAUACGUGCGAAUCCAGUCCAAAGCUCUUUACAGAUCAAACUUAAGUCUAAUUCUAUUUUCUCUUCUGGAACACUAAAGUCAUGGCAGCAAAUAAGGGCAAAAACCAAAGUUCCCUGGUUCUGCAUAAGGUGAUCAUGGUGGGCAGCGGUGGCGUGGGAAAAUCAGCUCUGACACUGCAGUUCAUGUAUGACGAGUUUGUGGAGGACUACGAACCCACCAAGGCCGACAGUUACCGGAAGAAGGUGGUCCUGGAUGGAGAGGAGGUACAGAUUGAUAUUUUGGAUACGGCGGGGCAGGAAGACUACGCCGCCAUCAGGGACAACUACUUCCGCAGCGGAGAGGGUUUCCUUCUGGUGUUCUCCAUAACAGAGUCUGAGUCCUUCAGCGCCACGUCAGAGUUUAGGGAGCAGAUCCUGAGAGUGAAAGCGGAGGAGGAUAAAAUCCCUCUGUUAUUGGUGGGGAAUAAGUCAGAUUUGGAGGACAGGAGGCAGGUGUCUGCAGACGAGGCCCGAACCAAAGCGGAGGAGUGGUCCGUUCAGUAUGUGGAAACAUCAGCCAAAACCAGAGCGAACGUCGAUAAGGUCUUCUUUGAUUUGAUGAGGGAGGUGCGGACGAAGAAGAUGUCCGAGAACAAGGAGAAGAACGGGAAGAAGAGCGGGAAGAAAAAGAAGAGCCUGAAAGAGAGAUGCACGCUGCUUUGAGCCGCACAAGCGCUUGAUUUCCACGUCAAGCUUUCCUGUCCUGGACUGAGCCGUUCUUCUGAUGCUGAGGAGACCAGAUCCUCCAGAUCAACCUCCUCCUUAAGCGUUUUUUUGCCAAAUACAAUCAAACCUGAACCGUAAGCCACUGUGGCGAUCUUUAAAGGACUUUUUAUACAUUUCUACCAGUUCAAAUCAGUAGCGUAACUCUAAUAUGUGAAAUAUGGAGGCUUUCCAAAAGUCACUUUUUUACACUCAAGGAAUAUUCAUUAUGCCGCAUUUAUGAAACAGGAAUAGAAUGCAUUUCUAAAUUGUUGCAUUGAAUUAAAUGCUACAGUUUGUGACUAACUAUUCAGAAAUGAGUUCUGCUUGUGUUUCAUGAAUUUCUUUUUUUACUUUAUCACACUUCUUGUGCUAAAUACUCUAUUUUAUCAGCCUUUCACGUCUUUAAAUGCAAAGGCAACAGACAUAUGCCAUAUGUAUUUGUUUUGAAUGCAUUAUCAUGCAACUUAACACGGCUGAGGAAGGUGAAUGCGUGUGGUGAGGUUGACAAAUUUCACUAUGCGCGCUCACCAAAUGUGUUGCUUUUAUUAUAAAACAGGCACAGUUGGAAUUAUGAUAUUUUUGUAAUCAAACCACUUGUUUAUUGAUUUCUCUGCCUGGUGAUUAUAGACCAAAUAAACCUUCUAUGAAUUUGU